UUAUUAUAUUGGUCAUGCUCUAUAUAUAAUCUAUAAACCUUGCAAGCACACGACUGAUAUCUGACCAAUGAUUAUAGAAAAAAGAUUGAUACUGGCGAGUGCGUACUGAUUAGUGACGUUCGGCUCAUUUGAGCGAAAAUGUUUAAAAUUUUCUCCACUAUUCAAAGCUAUUGUUUUAUGAUUUGAAGAGCGCCUGCAGCUGCCUUGCUGCCUGUCCACAAAAUAUGGGAGUGUUUCAGUUCUCCCAAAAAAUGAUUGUCCCAAUAAGCAGUUUUCCCAAUAUUUGGUGAUGAAAAUACAGCUGGUUAGACUUUUUUGAGGUUGAGAAUUGUAGUGAUGUGUUAUCAAAUUACCGCCAAAUAGCAAAUAUUACAAGUAUUUGAAUAUGAAUAGCGAUAACACAUUUGAGUAAUGUUCGGAAUUAGAUAUUUCAAUUUCUUGAAUCAUAUCCGUGGAGUAAUGUGUGGCAGUGCGGUUGCUUUUAUUAUUUAUAAUUUAAAUAUUGUUGUUAAUUAUAAGUAGUUAAUUUUACCUAUACGGUGAAAAUUGUAUUAAUUGUUUAGUGUUGGAAUUAAAGAAUUGAUACUGAAAAGAAAAUGUGCGGCCGAACUGCUUGUAACUUGAGAUGUGAAACUUAUUGCAAAGCGACAAGCUAUAAAAAACGUAAAGACACAUUGUAUUGUCAACCAGAAUGGCACGAUGAAAUGAAUGGUAACUUUGAAUUUAAGCAGUCCAACAACAUAGCGCCUACUGAUGUAACUCCUAUUCUUGUUUCCGGCAAAGAAUUUGUAGGCUACCCAUCUAGGAUAUUGACGCCUAUGAUAUGGGGUAUGAUACCUCCCUGGCAUAAGGGAAACUUUAACAAUCAUGGAUUAAGCACAAAUAAUUGUCGAAUAGAAAAUGUAACUAAUUCAAAACUGUACAGUGAACCGUUGACUAAAGGAAAACGAUGUAUUGUAAUUUGUGAAGGUUUCUACGAAUGGAAAACUACAGAAGGAGUUGGAAAGAAAAAGCCUUACUUUAUACACAUGCCCCAAAAAAAUGGAGUUUCAGUUUAUGAUACAAAUGCUUGGGAAUCAGCUCAAUGGACAGAGCAAUCUGGGUGGAAUGGACCAUCUCUACUUCAAUUAGCUGGUAUUUACAAUAAAUGGAAGUCACCCAAUGGUGAAGUUUAUAGCUAUUCGGUUAUCACAAUGGAAUCGAGCAAGACAUUUUCUCAACUUCAUCACAGAAUUCCUGCAGUCUUAGAUAAUGAACAGCUUAUAGAGGAUUGGUUAGAUACUAGAAGGGUGUCUGAAAGUCGAGCCAUCUCUAUGCUUCGCCCUAUUGAUAAUCUGAUGUGGUAUGAAGUGUCAAGCAUUGUUAACAACUCACGUAACAAAAGCGAGGAUUGCAAUAAGCCAAUAUCUAAAAUAGUUAACAAAAGCAGCACUUUUAUGACAUCUUGGUUAGCAGGAAAAAAUAAAAAAAGUGAAAGUAAUGAUGAAGAUCAAAUGAGGAAAAAACAAAAAAACUAAUAUUCAGUAUUGUAAAAUUUUAAUUGAUGUACAUAAA